GCAGCUUUCCACGCAGCCACACUCAGCUCUUGUCCACAAUCCUGUGCGUAAAUUGCAAAACUCCUUUUUUUUCCCCAGACGAAGUCACAAGGAACCGAAAUGACAAUGAAAAGAGUUGUUUUUUUCCUGUCCUGAUGGUUCAAAGUAAUCGAUGCCAGCGGGCUGAUUUGACUCCACAUGUCUGAGAGGAUAGUAGCCUACUCGGUCAAGACGCACCGGUAUCAGCCUUCUUUGGGACCAAAAUGAGAGAGAAGAUGUGGAUAUUUUACAGCGCCGACAAUCCGAAGUGUGUGUUUUCUCUUUGGAAUCAGUUGUUGGUUUACGCAGCGCUGGUGUGUUUAUUGUUCUCGCCUGUCAGGACGGAUGAAGGGUGUCCGUCUUCCUGCGUCUGUGCCAGAGACUCGGGGACGGUGACCUGCCGUGACGGAGAGGACACCGAAGUACCGGGAGACAUACCGGAGUGGACGUCCACCUUAAUACUGAGGGGGAGAAACAUCUCAACUUUACAGCGUGGCACGUUCAUGAUCAACGGCUCGGAGUUGGAAAUAACGACACUCUCGCUGUCUUACAACGGGAUCCAGGCCAUUGAACCCUACGCCUUCUUGGGACUCCCCCGGAUGCACUUAUUGGAUCUGAGCCACAAUCAGCUGGCGUCUAUCUCAGCUCGGGCUUUCCACGGGUUAGUCGAGCUACGAUCUCUUUACCUCAAUUACUCGAUUUUACCUGUGGCCACGGCGCAGCUCUCAAUUGCGCUCAGCACACACAGUCUGCGCCACCUCCACAGGCUGGAGUUGGCGGGAAAUGGUCUAAAGUCUAUACCCUUAAUGAGGUUAGAUAUCUACAACCUCCACGGGCUGGUGCUGAUAAAUAACUCCUUAGAGAACAUCGGGAGUGAAAAUGUCACAAAUUUGUAUCAGCAAAGGCGUUUACGCGUCUACCUGUCUUUAAACCCGUUUCGGUGCACCUGUGAGCUGGAGGCGUUUUACUACUGGCUGAAGAAUUCCUCUCAGUGCCCGGAUGCUGGGCGGCUCCUGUGCAGCGAGCCCGAGGCCAAGCGGGGGAUUCCAGUGGAACAGCUUCGGGAAGAGGACGUGGAUUGUAUGAACGAGAACCUAGAGGCGGUUUCGUACGUGUUCCUGGGGAUAGUGUUGGCACUGAUCGGGGUGGUGUUUCUCAUGGUGCUCUAUCUCAACCGGGGAGGCAUCAAACGGUGGCUCAACAACAUCAGAGAGGCGUGCCGAGACCAGAUGGAGGUCUACCAUUACCGCUACGAGCAGGACUCAGACCCCAGACUGGCUAAUGUGGCAGUUUGACCCACUGAAACAUGAGGCCAGGACUGCAUGGUGAGAGGACAUAGAGAACGACUUUGAGCUGAGAAGUACUCUAUGAAAGCAGAUUUAUAAGAUUCCUCUCGGACCACCAUCAAUAGUUUGUUUUUUUUAAGUUUCACUCUCAGCAGCAGACUGGCCAAUGAACUGCAAGAAGCCCUCUCACUGAAUGAAGUACACACAGCCAAAGUCAGUGAAAUGGCAAUACGGUCAGUGUUGCACUUGCACCACUGACGCUUCCAAGCAGUGUUGUAAAUACUGUACAUACAUAGCUUUUCAUGCAUCAUGUUACCUUACUGUUUGUUUGUCAGACUACCUGUGGUAUUAUUUCACUUCAGUGACAAAUGUAGGCCAUAAAGGCUUUUAGAAUUCUGAUUUGUAAACAACAAACGAAGGUGAAUCAAUACUGAGAACUGCAGCCUCUGUAAACAGCUGCAAAUGAGUAGUCUGCAUUCAUGAAACCCUGCAGGGAGAGUCAGGUAGAGAGUCUGUUUCUAAUGCACCAAGACAGAGUAUUAUGCAAAGUGAGAGAUGAGAGAAAAGUGGUGAAGAAGGGGGCUGGAGUUGAGGGUAUCCUGUUGGAGGGUUAGUUCAAGCAGGCAUCAUUUUUCAUCAUCCAUGGCACAAGUUACAAACCUUGUUUUUAUGAACAGCGCUUUGAUCCUGGAAAUAGCACAAGCGUGUAUCAAAUGACUCCAAGUCAGUUUAUCAGAAGCGGAGGAAGAGGAAGAGACAGACUCUAACCAUGCAUGUGAUUGUUGUAGGCAUAAAAAAACAACUUAAACGUUAAUAAAAGGUCAAAGAGAAACAGAGAGUUAGUCGUGUUCUUUAUGCCAGUUCAUUUUAGCAUCACUGUUGAGAAAUGUUCAUGCAGAACUUUGCAGAACAUUUUUAAAAAGUAGAAAUGUUCUCGUUUGGAAUAAGCUGCUCUUUUUUUUCCAAUUUGCUCGAUGAUGGUGCAAGAAGGACAUUUUUAAGUGAUCUCAAUGUCAGUAAAAAAGUCACAUUGUCACCGCCUCUGGGCUCAACACCAAAGGUCUGAACUAUCAUCAGUUUCUUUUUUAAAAGCACAGAAGCCUGGCAGAGGUUUGAACAGAGGGACAGAACAGGAAAACAUGGCAGUGUUAGUAUCAUCAGCACUGUGACUAAUAAAGCGUGCAGAAUGACAACCGACCUGCAAUGUCAGUAUCUCUCCAUGGCCCGGAGCUCAUCAAAUUUUUUACUGAAGCUCUACAUUAUGAUCAGGGGGAUUUGGGAAACCAAGGUCAAGCUUGAAACGCUGGCAAAAACACAAGAGGGUAAGAAUGUGUGUGAGAAUAUUCAUUUCAGCUAUGUGUGUUCGUCUAAACAGAUCACAACUGACACACGACAGGCAAAAAGUAAAUCAACAAUUCAUAUUUAAAUACCACCAAAUUCAAACAAAAGUUAUUAUCUCAUGACGCUUCACAUAGAGAGCAGGUCUGGGCUGUGCUCUUUGUACAAUUUAGAAACAGACAGACAAGAGGAAAUACAGACAGCAGCAAAGUAUAAAAGCUAAUAGUAAUGGUAGAAAUAUGGCUAAAAGUAGAUGAAGUGUGAAAACUGCCAUCAUUUAAAAGGGCUAUUUGUUUCUGAACAAGCAAAAGCAAUAGUAAUUCUGUCUUUUCUUUAUGAAACAUGACUCUCGAGGAAAUUGGAAGUGGAAGUGAACACGAAAACAAUCAAAUGGAAAACAAAACCAUCCAAGCGGAAGAAAGAUUUCCAUAAAAAAAAAAGUAUUUUCAUCUGCACUCAUUUUACAUUUAUUCCAAAUAAAUGUAAUACAUACCAGAUGUGAAUCAACAAUAAAUUCAUA